AUGGCCGGUCCAGGAAGACAUAUCGAAGGGUGGUCCAGUGAGGCCCCACCUCAGCUGUCAACCCUCAAGAUCGUUUCUCCUGCCCUGGUCCAAUCUAAAUCAGGCGGUUUAUCAAACGUUCCUCCUAUUCCUAAUCGUCUACAGGUUUAUAAUACCCCUCACUUCCAUCCCUCAAGGUAUCAGAAUAUGCACCAUCAACCUAAUCAUCCGCAUCAAGGGCAAGUACAAAUUCCCCGCUCAAUCCCUCAACCUCACUCGAAUAUUCAGUCUCCGAGACCUCAAAAACUUCCUGAAUCUUUCAAAGAAUCACUAUUGAUUGUUGAUGAUGACCCGAACCCUCCAAAGGGUAUCACAGCAGAUGGAAACUGGAAAUCGAGACAAGUCAAGAUACAAGAUCCUUCGUUGAAGUCCAUCAACCGAGGUAGAGCACCACCGAUACCGUAUGUGGCACCUCAUACGACCUCGUUGUUACCAAAAAAUGCUCAUUCGAACAUGGGUCUGAGGACGCUUCCGCCUAGGCCACACAACUUUCAACCGGGAAACAGCUCAUAUCACUCAUCUUCUUCCUUUAUCCAUCAUCCUCGUACUGGUCCCGUGCAGGCUCUAUCGCUUCGUAAUAUCCCUAAUUUCAAUAGACCUUCGGAAACCCGACACUUCAUUUCUUUUUCAGCUGCAAAUAAAAGCCCAAGUAUAAAUCUCAACCUCGAUCGACCGUUGUUCUCCAGAACAUAUCUCUCUGCACCAGCUACUCCUAGACAUACCGCAGGUCCAGCAUUUCAAACAGGAUCUAUCAACUUAGAUUAUCUCCAAUACCUCCAAUUAUCGAGACUAGCAAUAGAUAAUCAAAUCGUCUUUAGAGUCCAUUCGCAGUCUAGCGUAUCCCCUUUAAUCUGGUCAGGAGAUAUGAAAACUUCCGGGUUUUUCGCCACUGCAUCUGUAUUUCAGAGACUUACACCUAAAUCGUAUGAAGCCCUCUUUCGAUCUUAUCAACCUGACGGAAGGAAAGAUGAUGAAGGGUGGCUGACGAGACCUCUAAUGAGAGAAGUAAUGAUUGGUCAUAUACUUUGUAGACCCUCUAAAAGAUUUAUCACUGUAAGGCUCAACUCAAUUUCAGAUAUUUCCCAAAUGGCGAAAGAAUCUGGAAGAGAAGGGGAGAGAGAAGAUUAUUGGAUAUCCACUACGAGAUCUGUUGAUUGGGCGAUAUUUGAAAUUGCAAGAAGAUUGAGUAUGUACUUGAUAUCUGGAGGAAGGGAAGGUAAUAAGGAGGUUCGACUAGCGGUGCUCAAUAAAAACUCAAACUUAUCCAGUGGCAAUGGCGACGUGAAGGAGGAUAAGGUAAGAGAAAGGACAGUGAACCCUUAUCUCUGUCUAAGAUGGCACGAAUCUAAUAUUCUUUCGCCAAGUAAAUUGGAAGCUUCUAUCCGUGCUCGUCAAAGAGCCAAAGAAAGUUAUGAAAUCUUGUAUUGGGGCAGAAUAUUCGGUGAGAAUAUCCAACAGGAUUUAGUAUUCAGCACAGACUAUCUCCCUUUCAAAUUACCGUCAAAAUUCUGGAAACCCCCUUCAGCCAUCAACCCCUCGUUACCAGGGUGGUUAGGCAGACUGAGGUGGAAUCCAAUCAAGGAUGAUUGGCACUCUGCGGUCAGAUGUCUAAGAGAUAAAAUCUAUCCUACUACCAAAUGGGACAAGCAAACUGUUCACGAUCUGGGUUCUACGUGGCCUCCUACUACGACUAGUCCCGAUGCGACUCGUCAUGGCUCACAGAAGGAUGCUAUAGGGGCCAAUAGUGAACCGAAGCUGAAGGUCGUAUCGGAUACAGGGGCAGAUACGGAUCAAUUCGGUUCUUCUCGGUCGGGAGAAGUAUCCCUCGGUAGAAGUCAAGAUAAGGGAUCAAAGGAGGCGGUGGUAGAUUUCAUGGCGUAA